AUGCAAAUGGAAACGACUGAAAGCGAGAAAACGCGAUUCGAAGUGGAAUGCGAGUUUGUUCAGGCGCUUGGCAACCCAAACUAUCUCAACUUCCUCGCACAACGUGGUUAUUUCAAAGAAGAGUACUUCGUCAACUAUCUCAAAUAUCUGCUUUACUGGAAAAAGCCCGAAUAUGCCAGAUGUUUGAAAUUCCCUCAAUGUCUUCACAUGCUCGAAGCAUUACAAAGCCAACAGUUCCGUGAUGCCAUGGCGUAUGGACCAAGUGCGAAAUUUGUCGAGGAUCAAGUUGUUCUACAGUGGCAGUUCUAUCUUCGCAAACGACAUCGUUUAUGUAUGAUGCCAGAGGAAGAAGGUCAAGAAUUGGUUGAUUCAGAAGAGGAAGUUGAGCAACCGUCGGAAGAAAAGGAUACCGAAGAAGAUACAGAUGAAGAGGAAGAAGCAAAAAAUACGAAAGUGACAGAAGGAACUGAAGAGAAAGAAGCAACUGAAGAAACCCAACCAGACGCAGAAAUGGCAGAUGCGGCUGAAUCAACAAGCUAA